UUUGUUUCUUGUUCAGGACCUGUUUUAAAGAAGGAAUGGCAUACAUCUUCUGAGGGCAGUGGAAGAUUUCUUCUCAACACGUUUUCAGAAAACAUUUAUAUUAACAAGAACCUCAAAAAUAAAUUUGAUUCCUUCGACAUGGAAGCAGACUCUCCUCCAGCUCCUCAAAAGAAGACCAUGAAUCGUGAAAGUUGUCACAGAUUCUCCAAGUUGCUUCUCACCUCAUUGAUAAUACUUUUACUGCUGUUGAAAAUCUUACUCUCCAUUGCUCUGAUCACUUUGUUUAAAAAUCAUCCUCAGCUUCUUGAUGAAAAUGCAAUCAUAAAAGAACUGAAUUACCCUGACUUGGAGUGUACAAAACAGCAUUCAUUCUUCAAAGACAAAGUCUGGAGCUGUUGCCCAAAGCAUUGGAAGCCGUUUAAUUACCACUGCUACUUCCCUACGAUUGACACUGCAUCUUGGAGAGUGAGUCAGGAGAAGUGCUCCAGCAUGGGUGCUCAUCUGAUGGUGAUCCACAGCCAGGAAGAGCAGGAUUUCAUCACCAAGAUCCUGGAUCCUAAAGCUGCUUAUUAUAUUGGGCUUUCAAAUCCAGGUCAUCGACAGUGGCGAUGGGUUGAUCAGACACCAUACAAUGAAAGUGCCACGUUCUGGCACCAGGAUGAGCCCAACAAUGACAAGGACAAUGAAGAAUGUGUUGUAGUAAAUCAUCGAUAUUCUGGUUGGGGCUGGAAUGACAUCUCUUGUAGUAGUAAAGAAAAUUCAGUUUGUCAGAUGAAGAAAAUAUAUUUAUGAAUCAAGCUCUCUUGGUGAAAAUGGAUUGCAUUUUUGUCCAGCAUUACACAGACAAAAGAUCUGGGAAGAUCUUCUUGUGGAAACGAUGUCCAUAGAAAUUUAGGUAGGCAGCCAACAGUUAUCCAUAGGAUUAUACUGGUCCCCAUGUAUGCAUAUUUUUUCAUCCUUAACUCUUUAUAUAAUGCGAAUUUCCCAUAUUCUAGAGACUACAUGAUUCCUUCGUGCAUCUGUGGUAGCAUCCCAGUUUCUCCUCCCAUUCUUAGAUUCCUAAAGUCUUAUUUGAUGAUAGAAUUGUAUGGUAUGGACCCUCUACCCAUUUUUCUCUCUCCUUGUUCCCCUGUGUUUAUAUUUAUUAAUGUACAAUUGACAAAGUGUAUAUAUUUACAUUACACUGUCUUGACUUGGUAUGAAAAUGUAUUGGGCAAUGGCUACCACAAUCAAGUUAACAACACCCUCUAUUACCUAACCUAGUUGUCUGUUUUGUGUAUGUGUGGUGUUAGAACAUUUAAGAUCUUCUUAAGCAAAUUCAGACAGACAGGGUGACAUUGGUACCUAUUGUCACUUUGAUCCUCAGUGCUUACUCACAUUUUCUCUGGCAGUUGUGCCCUUCCAUCAGCAUUUUCUCGUGUCCCGCAAUACCUGCACUACCAGGAACCAUUCAGGACUUGGUCCCCAUGGCUUAGUGUGUCAGGUGCUAUGGGUGCCGUGAGGCUGAUGUGAGCCUCUAAUGGUGGCUGAUCC